CAAACGUUGCAUUCUGCCAUCGUCUGCGUUGUGCAAACAGCACUUUUGCGCCGUUGAUAAUCGGAAGGGCACAUCGAAGGACAUUGAGCACAGAGGCUCCCAUAUAGGUGCGACUCCGCUCAUCCGUCACGACAGGCGUCUGAACUGGAGAAACCUCAGAAAGUCCGCACCAUCGCAGUAUCGCCAAGAUGGGCAUCCUGUGCUGCAAGCCGGAGCCGGUCGACUUUGAUGGCCCGGUGGACUUGUACCACUUUUACCUGCUUCGAGCCGUAGGCAAGGGUGCUUUUGGCAAGGUGCGGGUCGUGCAACACAAGCAGACAAAGAAUCUGUAUGCGCUGAAGUACAUCAACAAAGCAAAAUGCAUCAAGAUGCGAGCGGUCUCGAACAUUAUACAGGAGCGCAGAUUAUUAGAAGAGAUUGAGAGUCCAUUUGUUUGCAAUCUUCGAUACGCAUUCCAAGAUGACGAGAACAUGUUCAUGGUGCUGGAUCUCAUGCUUGGUGGCGAUCUCCGAUUCCACCUGGACCGCAAUGGCAACAUGCGUGAAGACAUUGUGCGCUUCUAUGUUGCCGAGAUCUCGCUAGCGCUCGCCUACCUGCACUCGAUUCAGAUUGUGCAUCGCGACCUGAAGCCAGACAAUGUCCUGCUCGACGAAAAGGGCCAUGCGCACAUAACCGACUUCAACAUCGCAGUGCACUUCUCUACGCGGCGAGCUCUCACCAGCGUCGCGGGGAGCAUGGCAUACAUGGCGCCAGAGGUACUUGCCAAGCGCGGUUACCUCAACUCAGUGGACUGGUGGAGCCUGGGCGUGAUGGCGUACGAGCUGCUCUUUGGGCGACGGCCGUUCCGCGGGAAAACGAACAGUGCGCUCACGCACAGCAUCAUGCACGACAAGUGCAUCUUUCCGGACAAUGUCGGCAAGAUGGUUAGUGCCGAGGCGGUGUCGUUCAUCAAUGCCUUGCUGGAGCGGGACGUGAAGAAGAGGAUCGGGUGCCGAGGGGGCAUCACAGACAUCAAAUCACAUCCAUUCUUUGCGGGCAUGGACUGGGAAGCGCUUGAGGCGAAAGAAGCGAUUCCGCCAUUCGAACCAGAUAGUAAGAAGGCGAACUUUGAUGCAACGCACGAGCUCGAGGAGCUGCUGCUCGAGGACAAUCCGCUAAAAGCCAGGAAACGAAAAGAGGAUGUAGACAUUAAUUCUCUUCCGCCAGAAUUGCGUCUGAUGGAAGAUCACUUCUUGCCAUUCGACCACCUCAAGCAACGGCGACGCUCCUACUUCAAGACGCCUAGACAAGGCACUAACGACGUGGGCACCGUUUCGCAAAUUUCGGGGAGCACUGGCGUCGCACUAGCCGACCAGCCAUUGGCCGAGAUGGACGCGCCGGGAGGUCCUUGUCCGCGACCACACUCGACCAGCAGUGUCGCCGCCUCGAAUGUUUCGCUGACACUCGGGAGCAACGGGCAAGCGCAUCCGCAGUACACGAUUAGGCCGGGGAGCGCAUCAGCUACAGGUAAGGUCGCCGUUGUCGGCCUGCGGAGCGAGAAGGGUGCCGGCGCGGACGCCGGCCAGGAGGUCAUCUCGGACGCUCGGUCCAAUGGACAUGUUGCAGAUCCAGAGAAGUCAGGGUAUGCUACGUAGACCAUGUCGUUCACUGCACCUUCCUCUCUUGUUCGUUGGCGCGCGAAGGACACGCCCCCCCCCUGGCGUCAGACACAGCUACAGCGCCGAAUACACUUCGACCGGACACCCGGUCGCAAGGGCUCCUGCA